GUCGACUGUGCAGCAACGAAAGAGGGGUUGUACGACAUGAUCCUCAUCACAAAGAGUAUAUAUAGUUUAAAAAUCCCCUCCUGAAGCCUAUCCUUCUGGAUAACAAGCAAGACAGAAGUCUAAAGAACAAGGCUACAUCAUAUACUUCCUUCAAAACAUAUGCCAUGGAGAUGUUACGUCCUGCAGCCUGGAUUGCCUAUUUGGAAGGACUUCAGAAUCUACCACUUCCAGACAACCUGCAUCUUGUCACCCCAUUCAGCAUGGAUAAGCGAUUACGAGCCCUUGAACGCAGACUGAACAUAACCCAACCUCCGCCGUUGACCGAGGUCACCACACACGGGCUUGUCUGGCGCAUCGGGCAGGCAAAUGCAGCAAGUAACCACGGCGCAUGGCCGCGCUACAUAACUCUUGGAUAUGCAGACAUUAUGACUCCCAGUGAUGUCACAUUAUCCCUCGACGGUCUAGCUUGUAUUGUGGAUGAUAUUUUGAGAGAUUGUGCUAUUCCAUGCUAUGGAAAGGGGAUUGACGAUGUUUGCCAAAAAGACCAAGACAAUGAUGGCGAUUGUCAUGAGGAUCUCCGUGCCAUUGUACAAAAGCUAUAUUACAUUACUGGCAGGAAACGGUAUCUUCCACCUGAUUUUGUCCCCGCUGAGCUUCUAGCGAUCUAUGCAUUCGCUGCACAGCUAAUGUUUCGGAUCCGUUAUGCGGAGCGCUUUGCACCGGUGAUACGACAGCAUCCAGUGGGUAUACCUCCUGGAAUUAGAAUUGUUGGGGAUCAGCCACGCCAAAAAGCGCGUUCCAAAUCACCAAGCACGGAUUCCUCCAGGAGUUUCAGGCGGUAUAAGAAGCCGUCGAGGUUCGGCUGGCUAUCGAAAUUGCUGUUCUGGAGAACGGAGACAAAGUCAAAGCCAAAGCGAGACGACGAGAGCGACACUACCGCUGAAAUUGUGGACUAAGUAGGCGCCGUCGAUCGCUUUCAUAGUCAAUAGACCCGUCUUCUCAGCCACAUAGCGUUAACUCAGACUGAUUAUUCAACACUGGAAAGGUUUGCGCCAAGACUAGUAAUAUAAGCAUUAAGAAAACUCUAAAUAUUAUCAUCAUGAGUUAACCUGAUAUAAUGGUGAUGAUCCGUGUCGCCCGACCAAACGCUAUCCUCAAUCAGCUUGCACCAGCACUCCAGCAAACAAUCGAGCCGCUGAGCGCAGUAGUAGUUACCACAAAAAGGUUUGAAGCCAUGCUGAAAGAGAUCUGCAAUACUACGCUUGUGAAGAAGCUUGCUAUCGCUUCUUCGUGCGUGGCCGCUGUGACGAUUGUUAAGCGUGAACGGGAGCAGUAGCUGAAACCCUUCCUCGGCCGUGUCGAGGCCGUUUCUCUCCAAUGCCAUAGUAUAUAAGCUAGCCGCAACACAAGACGGCGUGUGUGUAUCCGAAGAGGGUGAUUAAAAGUCCGGUAGUAAAAACGGGCUCGUGCUUCUCGUCAGCUAAACAGAGCUGUUAGUGUUAGCGACAAGGAAUAUGUAUACUGGUGGUAUAGUAUAUUUAGAGCGAUGCAGCACAGCGAAUGGCUACGCUGCUACAUUCAGCCGUGUCAGCCGGUGGUAGAACGAGCGAGACCUGCAGCGACGUAGACGAGCCGCGACCGUCUCGCCCGUGUCAGAAACGAACGUGCAAAGGCAGGAUCCAGCGCCGCGGCGGCG